UUUUUUUUUUUUGCCUUACUUGAGAAUUUGGGUUUUUGAGUAAACGCCAUUAUUCCCUUUUUUUGUUUUAGCACACUUUUACGUCUCAAACACCUAACGCACUGCUGCCCUGAGCAACCCGGAGGGGCCGGUUCCUGCACUCCGGCCAACACAACCUAAACCCCAACACGCCGAGGACGAAUAAAGGCCAACCAACUUCCGCCCACCCAGUACAAACGUCAACAGACAUUUGUAGAUGAGGUCUUGUCAAAAUUCAGAGGUGUCCUACGUCUGCUUUCCCAAUGAGACAGUUCCUUUUUGUUUGUCUCAGAGACUGGGAAUUUUUUUUUUUUAAAGACUGUAGGCAGAAAAAACUCCCCAACUGGCUGUUGGGACAAUCAAACGGGUCUAAGAAAAUUCAGCCAAUGAGAGUGCGAGAAUGCCUCUGUGUUGGCCAAUGAGAAGAGCGCGCCGUGCGCAGGGCCGCCCAAUGGGGCGCAAGCGACGCGGUAUUUGAAUCCUGGAACAAGGCUACAGCGUCGAAGAUCCCCAGCGCUGCGGGCCCGGAGAGCAGCCCUAACGGCGCCUCGUACGCUAGUGCCCUCCCUUUUCAGUCCGUGUCCCUCCCUGGGCCGGGCUGGCACUCUUGCUUUCCCCGUCCCUCAUGGCGCUGCUCCGACGCCCGACGGUGUCCAGUGAUUUGGAGAAUAUUGACACAGGAUUUAAUUCUAAAGUUAAGAGUCAUGUGACUAUUAGGCGAACUGUUUUAGAAGAAAUUGGAAAUAAAGUUACAACCAGAGCAGCACAAGUAGCUAAGAAAGCUCAGAACACCAAAGUACCAGUUCAACCCACCAAAACAACAAAUGUCAACAAACAACUGAAACCUACUGCUUCUGUCAAACCAGUACAGAUGGAAAUGUUGGCCCCAAAGGGUCCUUCUCCCACACCUGAGGAUGUCUCCAUGAAGGAAGAGAAUCUCUGCCAAGCUUUUUCUGAUGCCUUGCUCUGCAAAAUCGAGGACAUUGAUAAUGAAGAUUGGGAGAACCCUCAGCUCUGCAGUGACUACGUUAAGGAUAUCUAUCAGUAUCUCAGGCAGCUGGAGGUUUUGCAGUCCAUAAACCCACAUUUCUUAGAUGGAAGAGAUAUAAAUGGACGCAUGCGUGCCAUCCUGGUGGACUGGCUGGUGCAGGUCCACUCCAAGUUUAGGCUUCUGCAGGAGACUCUGUACAUGUGUGUUGCCAUUAUGGAUCGAUUUUUACAGGUUCAGCCAGUUUCCCGGAAGAAGCUUCAAUUAGUUGGGAUUACUGCUCUGCUCUUGGCUUCCAAGUAUGAGGAGAUGUUUUCUCCAAAUAUUGAAGACUUUGUUUACAUCACAGACAACGCUUAUACCAGUUCCCAAAUCCGAGAAAUGGAAACUCUAAUUUUGAAAGAAUUGAAAUUUGAGUUGGGUCGACCAUUGCCACUACACUUCUUAAGGCGAGCAUCCAAAGCCGGGGAAGUUGAUGUUGAACAGCACACUUUAGCCAAAUAUUUGAUGGAGCUGACUCUCAUCGACUAUGAUAUGGUGCAUUAUCAUCCUUCUAAAGUAGCAGCAGCUGCUUCCUGUUUGUCUCAGAAGCUUCUAGGACAAGGAAAAUGGAACUUAAAGCAGCAGUAUUACACAGGAUACACAGAGAAUGAAGUUUUGGAAGUCAUGCAGCACAUGGCCAAGAAUGUGGUGAAAGUAAACGAAAACUUAACUAAAUUCAUCGCCAUCAAGAAUAAGUAUGCAAGCAGCAAACUCCUGAAGAUCAGCACGAUCCCUCAGCUGAACUCAAAAGCCGUCAAAGAUCUUGCCUCCCCACUGAUGGGAAGGUCCUAGGCUGCCAUCGCCCCUGGGGAUGUGUGCUUCAUUGUACCCUUUUUCUUACUGGUUUAGAACUCUUGAUUUUGUACAUAGUCCUCUGGUCUAUCUUAUGAAACCUCUUCUCAGACCAAUUUUCUAAAUAUAUAUUGAGGAAAAAUAAAGCGAUUGGUUUUUCUUAAGGUA